AUGUUCGAUGAAUAUGUACGACAGGCUGACGUCGAAACCCAAGCUCAAGUGGGACUUUUUGACGACGAAGCUGAUGAGAUCGAAGCCGAUAUUAAUGACUACAGUUCAUUUGGGAAAUGGUCAAUCCGCUCUUUGAAUACACAGCGAAAGAAGGUCAAGGCAACUAGCGAGCUUGAUCUAUUCCAGACACGGCCAAUUUACCCCCAAGAUCUCGACGUUGCCAACCCUCUUGAAUGGUGGAACCAACAUCAGUUGGAAUAUCCAGUUUUGUAUCGAAUGGCGCUCGACCUGUUCUCAAUUCCUGGCAUGAGUGCUGAAUGUGAGAGGGUGUUCAGUCAGACAAAAAAGAUGAUCACGGAUGAGCGCAAUCAGCUAGCGCCUGAGGUGGUUGAGGCGGAUCAACUCCAAAAGCACUGGCUAAUGAGAGGGCAGGUAGCGUAG